GGCUGGGAGCUGCAGAAAUAAGAGCCGAGUUGUUGUAAAAGUCUGAGCUCAAAAAUUAACAGUUUGGUCUUCAGACGGACUGUGGGACUGUUCUCAAGGCUGGCUCUUCACAAGAUGGCUCCGACUAAUGCCUUUCACCAGUACUCUUCAGACGCGGGAUGCAGAUGUCCAUUAGAGUCUGAGCUACGAGCAGUGCUGCAGCAAAGGAUUAUGGUCCUGGAUGGUGGGAUGGGAACCAUGAUCCAGCAGCAUAAGCUUGAAGAGGAGCAUUUCAGGGGCGACGAGUUUAAAGAGCACCCGCUUUCAUUGAAGGGCAACAACGACCUUCUCAGUAUCACACAGCCAGAUAUAAUUUACAAAAUACACAAGGAGUACCUGCAGGCUGGGGCGGAUAUCAUAGAGACCAACACAUUCAGUAGCACUUCCAUUGCUCAGGCAGACUAUGGACUGGAGCACAUGGCUUAUCGACUGAACAGAGUGUCAGCGGAGCUGGCAAGAAGGGCAGCUGAUGAAAUUACCAAACAAACUGGCUGCAAACGCUAUGUGGCUGGGGCAGUGGGUCCCACCAAUAAAACCCUGUCUGUAUCACCAUCUGUGGAGAGACCGGACUUCAGGAACAUCAAAUUUGAUGAGCUAGUAGAAGCCUACACAGAGCAGGUCAGGGGUUUAUUAGAUGGAGGAGCAGACAUCCUUCUGGUUGAAACCAUCUUCGACACUGCCAACGCUAAGGCUGCCUUGUUCGCCAUCGACCUGCUGUUUGAAAGCAGCUAUGAAAGAAAACCUAUAUUUAUCUCAGGGACCAUUGUUGACCGGAGUGGAAGAACUCUGUCUGGUCAGACUGGAGAGGCUUUUGUAGUGAGUGUAUCCCAUGCUAAACCACUGUGUAUUGGUCUGAACUGUGCUUUGGGUGCGACAGAGAUGAGACCAUUCAUUGAGGCCAUUGGAAAAAGCACCACAGCUUUCAUUAUCUGUUAUCCUAACGCAGGUCUUCCCAACACAUUUGGAGACUAUGAUGAAACUCCAGAAGUAACAGCCUCCAGUUUAAAGGAAUUUGCUAGAGAUGGACUAGUGAAUAUUGUGGGAGGCUGUUGUGGGACGACUCCAGGACACAUCAGAGCCAUACAUGAAGCAGUUAGAAACUGCAAGCCAAGAGCUCCUGCUGCUGACAUUUAUCAAGACUACUUGCUGCUGUCAGGUUUAGAGCCAUUCAGGAUCGGCCCUUAUACCAACUUUGUAAACAUUGGAGAGCGAUGCAAUGUGGCUGGGUCACGCAAAUUCGCCAAGUUGAUCAUGGCAGGAAACUAUGAGGAGGCACUAAGUAUUGCUAAGGCCCAGGUGGAGAUGGGGGCCCAAGUCCUGGAUUUAAACAUGGAUGAGGGGAUGCUUGAAGGGCCUACAGCCAUGGCUCGAUUUUGUAAACUCAUUGCCUCUGAGCCAGACAUUGCCCGGGUUCCUCUAUGUAUUGACUCCUCUAACUUCUCUGUGAUUGAGGCUGGGUUGAAGUGCUGUCAGGGGAAGUGUAUAGUCAACAGUAUCAGUCUGAAGGAAGGAGAGGAGGAGUUCCUGCUCAGAGCUGCUACUGUGAAGCGCUACGGAGCUGCUGUGGUGGUCAUGGCCUUCGAUGAGGAGGGGCAGGCCACAGAUACAGACCGCAAAGUGGAGAUCUGCAGUCGAGCCUACGAGCUGCUGGUCAGCAAAGUGGGCUUUGACCCCAACGACAUCAUCUUUGACCCCAACAUACUCACCAUCGGCACAGGCAUGGAGGAACACAACAACUAUGCUGUCAACUUCAUCAGGGCUACCAAGCUUAUCAAAGAGACCUUACCAAAAGCCAGGGUGAGUGGAGGUCUGUCCAACCUCUCCUUCUCCUUCAGAGGAAUGGAGGUCAUCAGAGAAGCUAUGCAUGGAGCGUUUCUUUACCACGCUAUCAAGGAUGGUAUGGAUAUGGGGAUAGUGAAUGCUGGGAACCUGCCGGUGUACGAUGACAUCAAUAAAGAGCUGCUGCUACUAUGUGAAAACAUCAUCUGGAACAGAGACACUGGUGCCACUGAGAAACUACUGGCCUACGCACAGAACAAUGUGAAAGGAGGGAAAAAGGUGGUUCAGACGGACGAGUGGAGAGAAGAAAAUGUGGAGGAGAGACUGGAGUACGCUCUAAUCAAGGGAAUAGAGAAGUAUGUCGUGGAGGAUGUGGAGGAGUGUCGCUCUCAGGUUGACCGCUACACUCGACCCCUUCACAUCAUCGAGGGCCCCCUUAUGAAUGGCAUGAAGGUGGUGGGGGAUCUCUUUGGAGCUGGGAAGAUGUUCCUGCCACAGGUGAUCAAGUCGGCCCGUGUUAUGAAGAAGGCAGUGGGCUAUUUGAUUCCUUUCAUGGAGAAGGAGAGGGAGGAGAUGAUGGCAUCGUCAGGGUCAACUGAGGAGCUGGAUCCCUAUCAAGGCACCAUAGUUCUGGCUACAGUGAAGGGAGACGUCCACGAUAUUGGCAAAAACAUCGUUGGUGUGGUGCUGGGUUGCAACAACUUCAGAGUGAUUGACCUGGGCGUGAUGGUUCCCUGUGAUCGGAUCCUUAGAGAGGCCAUUACACGGAAAGCAGAUAUCAUUGGUUUGUCUGGUCUCAUCACUCCCUCUCUGGAUGAGAUGAUCUACGUGGCCAAAGAGAUGGAGAGACUGGGGAUGACAACACCACUGCUGAUUGGAGGAGCCACCACAUCAAAGACACACACAGCAGUGAAGAUCGCCCCCCGCUACAGUUGUCCUGUUAUCCAUGUUCUGGAUGCCUCCAGGAGUGUGGUGGUGUGUUCCCAGUUGCUGGAUGAGACAAUGAGGGAGGAGUAUUUUGAGGACCUGAAAGAGGAGUAUGAGGAGAUCAGGCAGGACCACUAUGACUCUCUGAAGGAUCGUCGGUAUCUGUCUCUGUCCCAGGCCAGAGAGAAGGCGUUACAUAUAGACUGGCUCUCUCUGCCCAGACCAGUACGUCCUCAGUUCCUGGGCACCCGUGUGUUUGAGCAGUAUGACCUGAAUAGUUUGGUGGACUUCAUUGAUUGGAAGCCUUUCUUUGAUGUGUGGCAGCUGAGAGGAAAAUACCCCAACAGAGGUUACCCCAAGAUCUUCAAGGACAAGACUGUUGGUUUGGAGGCUCGGCGCGUCUUUGAUGACGCCCAGCGGCUGCUCAACCAGAUGAUUGACACUGGCAGUCUGAAGGGUCAUGGCCUGGUGGGAUUCUGGCAUGCCCAGAGUGAUGGUGAUGACAUCAAUGUGUAUGAAAAUGAUGUCACAGUGCGCAGAGACACCAAACCCAUUGCCACUUUCCAUGGCUUACGGCAACAGGUGGAAAAGGACAGUUCCAGUUCAGAGCCCUACCUGUGUGUGUCUGACUUUGUGGCCCCUGUAGACAGCAGUGUGGCAGACUACAUUGGUGUGUUUGCUGUGGGUGUGUUUGGAGCUGAGGAGCUGAGUCAGCAGUUCCAGGCUCAGGGAGACGACUUCAGCAGCAUCAUGGUCAAAGCUCUGGCUGACCGCCUGGCUGAGGCGUUUGCUGAGGAGCUCCAUGCUCGAGUGCGUAAGGAGCUGUGGGGCUAUUGUGCUGAUGAAACUCUGCAGGCCUCAGACCUACACAGAGUUCGGUACCAGGGCAUCAGACCUGCAGCUGGCUACCCCAGCCAGCCUGACCACACUGAGAAGACCACCAUGUGGAGCCUGGGUGGUAUACACGACAAGACCGGUAUUGGUCUGACAGAAUCCCUGGCCAUGACGCCUGCAGCGUCAGUGUCUGGGCUUUACUUCUCCAACCCUCAGGCUUCAUACUUCGCUGUGGGAAAGAUCACCAAGGAGCAGGUGGAGGACUACGCCAGGAGGAAGAACAUAAGUGUGGAGGAGGUGGAGAGAUGGCUGGCUCCUGUACUGGGUUAUGACAGUGAAGCGUAGGGCAACAAUCUACAUCCAUGUUCUCAUCUCACUGUGAGAAAGAAAGAGAAGGAGCACAUUUUGCUUCUAAUGUUGAAUUUAUCCUUUAAUGCAAACAGCUUUUUAAAGAAAUUUUCUUCUGAAAAAAUCAAAAAACACUAAGAAUCUGUUACAUUCAGUGCCAGUUUUCAAUAUGUGACAUACUUACGGACCAAUUCAUAUGCCACUUAAACAGCAUCGACAUAAACAGCCUGGACACAUGGUUUACAAAUGUUAUUGAUCUCACAUAAGUUUUGGAAUUGUAUGUGGAAGUGAAAGUUUAGGUCUUUGCAUAGAGAUUGCAUUUAUUCAAAAUUUUUGAUUUCUUUUUAGUAUCGUUUCAUUGUUUGCUGUGGAACCUGUAGUGUACUUGGGUCCCACAUUUCACCUUUUCAGUGUUUGAUUAUGAUUCAUUACUUGAUAGGCACAUUCAAAAACAAUAUAUGCAGUAAUACAUUUUUCAAUUAAAUGGUGUGAUUUAAAAACUUUUUAAAAACUCAUUGUAGAUGAUAAAAAAGAAAUAUGAAAAUCAAAAGUUCUAAGUCACAAUCUGUAACAACAUCAUUUAAAAACAAAUUUCUGCUGUUCCACUGACACUUAGGACUUUCUGGAGUUUUCCAUUUUGUAGUGCUUUGUCCACUGAUCAACCUACAGAGCAGUAGGAGGUGCUCUCAUUGGUCAGCCAUCAUUUCAGAGCCCCCGUGUCACCUUCCUGUUUCAUCUGUGUGGGUUUAGUUUUUGAUGUGACACAUUUCUGCAAGGCCUCAAACUGUAGUGUGGAUGAACCUGUCAAAUACAGUAUGGAACAUUGAAACAAGACUUUUUCCCUUAUCAGCCUUUAUUAUGAGUAACUUACCAGCAUUUGAAAACUUUGUUUGUGCUGACCUCCAGUGGUUUAACUUUUCACCUGGCUGUAGUGAGGUUAGGUGCACUUUGUCACGUCAUAACACUGUGACAUCACUGGUGGGUGUGGCUACAGGCAGUGAUAGUUGCUAUAGCCAUGUAAACUUUGAGCCAGAGACAACAGUAAAAUUAUUGUUUUCCUUCAAUUGUUAAGUUACUCUUUAAAAUCCUUUUCUUACAAUAUUUAAAAUUCAUUCAUUUGUCAUUCAGAUGCUCAAUGAUAAAAAACAUUCAGUAAUUUAAUAAGAAAAAUAUAUUUUUUCAAUUACUUCAAUUUAUUGUUAAUUGUGUCAAUCCUCAUAUAAGCUUCAGGCCUCCUGAUAUUUGAAGCUACAGCAGUCACAGAAACAGCAUUUUUUCAUAGAUAACUUGUUUCACGUUGCAGUGUCAGUGUAACUUCAACUAGAAAUAAGUUCAUUAUUUGAAUCCAAGGUACUAGUGUUUGAUUAGCUGGUUGGUUGUCUGCUUACACUGUCAUUUCUUUUUUGUGUAGUCUGUGAGGUUUUAUGAAUGGUUUGUCUCCCAGACAUCGUUUCAUAAUGUUGAGGAAUCAAUAAACUGGGACACAAUUACAGAUGAAUAUGGGUAUUUUAGUUAAUGUUAUAUUGAACAAUGUUCAUGUUUUCAAAAGAUUCAGUAUUCAUAUUCAGUUAAAAACUCAGUGUCAUGUACGAACAAACUUGAACAUAACUUGUCCUGUGAUAAUAUGAAAACAAACACUUUCUGUUUACUGGAGGUUCAUGGCAUAAAAACAAGUGGCAUUUAUCAUUCAUGAAUGUUAUAUCAAAAAAUCUGCAAAUGUUUAAGUUGGUAAACCUGGUUAACUCUUUGCCACAUCCCUUGUCAUUUCAGUUUCCUCUUGGUGUCCUUUUCACACGCUGAAGUACAACUAGUUUCUCAUCCACAUCCACAUAUUGUUUACAUGUUGUUUUAUCAACUGCAUUGUGUAAGGACCCUUCAAAUUAUCUACUUGUUCUAGGAUCCUGACACAUUUUCACAUGGGUCAAAGUAAAAAAAAACAAACCAGGUGUUUCUGAAAGAAUCAGGCUCAGGUGCAUUUCACAUGUGUCUUAAAAGCCCUGAUGUGCUGCAGUGGCUAAUCUCUGUAUGAAGCUUUGUUUCACUUACCUACAAUGAAAAAAAACCAGAUAAAUGAUGGUGCACUGUAAAACAGUAUUGACAUGACAGUGUUAUUUUAUUAAAAAUAAUAGUGGCAACACCA